CCACCACCAUGGCGUCGGAGGCUCCAGAGCCCCAGAGCUUGAAAUCAUGGCAGGACUCAUUUCAAUAUCCAAUUCCCACCGUGCGGCGUGUCGAACAGGAGCUUCGCCGAGACAUCGCAAGCAAUAAGGAGAGGCUCCGGGCUUUGGUCGGAACGAGAUAUCGCGAGCUCGUCGGAACUGCCGAGACCAUUGUUUCUAUGAACCAUGAGAUCCAGGAGACGGAAUCAAACCUAACCGAUGUUGGACGGAGAUGCAACCCACGACUGGUAGAGAGGAAGCACGCACACUACAACCAGAUAAAACGGGAUGAGGCCGAGAAAGAUGCGGACAAGCGAGCGUUCGGAGCUCAACUCUCUCUACUUCAUCGGUGCACGGCCUCUAUCUCGAAACUCCUGAGGAAACGGAGCUCCCUGUUGCUGAUAGCAAAGAUUCUGGUCAUCUCUCGGCUUCUACAUAAAACUCUUACGCAGCAGGAGACUGUACCGCCAUUCCUGGAAAGUCUGCGCAACCAAUUAGCCCAUCUUCGGCAAACGCUUUCGAAAAGGAUCAAUAAACGCCUCGCAUCUAUGAAUUCUACCGCAGAUGAUAUCAUCGAAGCUCUGGCAGCAUAUUGCUUAGCGACCAGUUCGUCCUCAGAUGAUGCCAUUCGUCAUUUCCACCAAGUUCGUUUAGAUGUCAUCGGAAACCAGCUAGAACUUACCGAUUUGUCGGGGGGAAAUGUCCUAAAGACCUUACGACUAUACAUUCGCACACUCCAGACUUCCAAGGUUCUACUGUCCCGCCGGUUAUCCGAUGCUCUUGGCAAAUUGAAGGCACGGCCAUUAUUGACAGACCCUGAAAUUCGGAAUGUGGAUGAUUUGGGCAUUGACGUGUUGGGGCGUUGGGUUGCCCCGGCUGUCAAUAACUUCACCCCUUGGAUCAAGCUAAGUGAAUUGACUAAAUCAGAUGCUGAGAAGAUAAUCAAGCAAUGGUCAAAUCAAGCAUUCCAAAGUCUAGUCAAAAGUUGCCAGAAGAGCUUGGCGAGCUGGCAUGACUUUUACGAUCUCCUAUCACUUCGAAAGAAGACAUUAGAGAUCUGGCUCAGCUCGUGGAGCUCCACGCCAACACAUUCAUCUUUGAGUGUACUGGAAGGAAUUCGGUCUAUCUUCAAUGGGCAGCUCACGAGAGUGUUAUCCGAAGAAGCCAAGAAACUGGAGGUCUUCGGAAAAGACAUCUCGUCCAUUAUCUCUAGCUGGGAUAGUAAAGAGCAUGCUGAUACCGAGUCACUAUGGGAUCCUGGCCUCAUCUCCUUGGAUUACUCAAAUGGUGCUGCAACUUUCAAACAAGCUAUUGUGGACAGACUACUUGGUCAGGAUGAGGAUAUCUCUACAGUGCUGAAGAAAUAUCGAAUCUGGGCUUCAGCUAUCCAAGGGGCCAGGGAGUCUAUCGAGGACUUGAAACGAGCAAGAUGGGUUGACAUAAUUGAUGAUGGCGAAGAUGAGGACCCUGAUGUGGAUAUUACCGCCACACUGAGUGAAGAUGAUCCUCAUUUAUUACGAGAAGCACUUCAAGUAGCUACCAGACAAGCAUUUGAUGAUCUUCAAUCGUCAUUCAGCGUUACUUUUGAAGCUUUUGGGAACUCGAACCAAAAUGCAAAGGCUGCAUUCCUGCUUCGGCUCAUUAGACUCGUUCGGAGAAAUCUCCCUGCUGAGUUCAUCUCGGAUGACUUUACCUUCUCGGGCGGCAUUGUUCCUAAACUACAGGAAAUGAUUGCUACAGAAGUUGUCGCUCCCACGACUCCAUUGCGCUUGUUAACGAACUCGCAAAACAAGGUGCAAGGUCGGACCCUAUGGGAAGGCAUUCCAGAAUUACCAGUUCAGCCUUCAGCAUCAACAUUCAAGUACAUACGCCGACUUGUGUCGUCCAUGGAAAAAUCUGGUGCAGAUCUUUGGGAUCCAUCUACCGUUCAGGUUUUGAAGAAAUUGCUCCAGAAAGCAAUGUCAACGUCCUUCGCAUCUGCUCAUGACAGGCUGGAGUCAUCCAUCAAAUCAGAACAGAAGGAUAAGCAAACGGAAGAAACGAAGGCAAGCGAGGAUGAUGCCGAUGACAGCACAGAGCAAUCAGAGGCCAGCGCAGAACAAUCAAAGACGACCGGAGAACAACCAGAGGCGAACGCAGAUUAUAUCCAGGACUGGAAGAUUCAGCUAUUUUUCGAUGCUAUCUACCUAAAAAAUGUACUAGUAGCCAAGGACCUCGAGCAAAAGGAGCUGGAUGAAGUUGUCGAAAGGCUCCGGGGCAGUCUUGGGUCGAAGGCGCCGGUCAUGGCCAAAACCAUGGAAAAGGCAGCUCAAGAAUACUGGGGACGCACGAGGUUAUUAUUUGGACUUCUGGCGGUUGGUGUUGAGUAAGAUGCCGAGGGUUUCAUUGCCUUUUAUACUGUAUAUAUCGUUAUUGUGGGCAACAGGCUUGCUCGAUGGCUUGAAUGAAUUAACAAAUAGAUUAUUCUGAUAGCAGUCUUGUCCCUAGUCGAUGAUCCCUGUGUCCAUGCAGGUACAGUGCCGUGGAUACGAAUAAUCAGGAACAAACGGGAUUUACCCAAUCAUCCAUGGUAUGACGGG